ACUACAAAUUUCCAAAAUCCAAAAAAAAAAAAAGAUGAAACAAAAUGAAUCCCAUUGAUGACAAGCAAGAAAAAGUAACAUUUAGAGCAAUAAGCCAUGGUGAAGAAGGCAAAACAAAGGUAACAAAACAUGAAACAAACACACACAACAUAGAAACCUUAAAACACAGAGAAAAAAAACUUAUAGACAAAGGUGUACAUAGAAAAGAUCGUCGUCCUAUCGAUGGAAUACCUUUAAAUAAACAAUCGAAAUCGGGUUAUGGGGGAAAAUUUACAUGGGAAGGACCGCGAAACGCUAGGGAAUAUGAAUAUCAUGAUCUCCCCGUGGCUCUCGAUGAGAACGAUUCAAAUUUUGUUGAUGAAGGGGAAGGUGUUGCUGGAGAAGUUGAUGUCGUUAAGGUUGCUAAUGAAGGUGUAGGUAGAAUUGAUGUUGUUGAUCGUGGUUUUCAAGAAAAUAUGUGAUGUGUAACGUUUCAGUAACGAGUUUUAAGUUAUAUAUAUCGCCAGUAUAUCAGUAUAUUAUAAGGUCAAAAAGAAAAUUUUUCUUUAAAAGUGUGAUGUACAAGAAAAUAUGGAAUCUAAUGUCUCAGUAACGAGUUUAAGUUAAAACAUAUUGUCAGUCUUAAAAUUAUUUUUUAAAAAGUGUUGACGUAUAACAUGAGUUUAAGUUAUAUAUAUUGUCAGUUUAUUAUAAGGUCAAGAUUAUCCUUUAAAAAGUGCUCUAUAUUAAAAUGGGCACCGUGGGAUAUGAACUUGAUGAUGAUGUACCCGUGGCUGUCAAUGAGAACGUUUCAAAUUUUGUUCAGUAUAUUGUAAGGUCAGAAAGUUUUUUUAAAAGUGUGAUAUAUAAAAUUUUUCUUUAAAGAUGA